UGGGGACUCACAAGUUAAGCCGCUACACAACUUCACGGUCGUCGCGUGGAGCCAUGGACAGACUGACUUCCAAGUCUCGCAAGUCCCAGCCUGCAGAUCAGAGCGGUCGUCGGUCAUGUGGCUGCUUACUAUACUGCUACCACUAUAUACUUACUCCAGGGCUGCAGGAAGUCCAGUUAUGAUCCUGAAACCAAGUUGGCGCUCUUACGCAACAGCCACACACAAGUAGAAUCCCGCAAGCUAGAGUAGGAAACUUUCUAGCAACAUGCCUCGUAUGGAUGCAUCUACUACCGUCCGUGCUACCAAGUGGUGGUUCGAGUUAUUGGCAUGCCUAACCCUCCUGGCUGCAGCCACCGCCGUGCUGGGCGUAUCUGCCGCGCCCCCCUCCGCCGCCGACCUCGCACUCGCGCACUGCCCCAAAUCCUGUGGAUGCGUGAACAUCUCGUACCCCUUCGGCAUCGGGCCGGGCUGCUUCCGCCCGGGCUUCGAGGUCACCUGCAACCACAGCACCAGGCCUCCCAAACUCUUCCUGGCCAACACCACCACCACCACCGAGAUCGUCAAGCAAUAUCCAUGGGGCGCUGUUGACGCGUCUAUCGUCUUCAACAUCGCCACCAGGCCCGGUGCGUUUGGCAAUUACAGCUGGUCGUGGGAGGCUCCUGGAAAGAGCCUUAUUAUCCCCACGCAGUCAGCUUGGUUCAUCGUCGGGUGCGGUUUUGAGGCCUUCUUGUUCGAAAAUACUACUACUGGUCCCGGCGACCUGCUGGGCAAUUGUGCAAGCACGUGCGACGAUUCGGCGGCUUUGGGAACGGAGGUGGAGGAAGGAGGCUGUAACGGCAUGGGAUGCUGCAACAUCGCGUUGCAAGAGCCCGUUCGUGCCUUUGCACUUUCCAUCAUUCAAAAGGAAGAAACAGUGUCUGCUGCGCUUGCGAAUGCUACCGUCAAAGCGUUCCUAUCUGAUGGAAGCUACAAUUUUAGCAUGGCUGAUCUGUUGUCCGAUAAGGUCAACGGAAGCACCAUUGGCGCUGCUACGGCAUACCUAUGGCUUCUCAUCACAGAUCAACCAACUUGCCGAAAGGCUAGGAUGAAUAAGCAGUACGCCUGUGCUGCUAACAGCGAUUGUAAGGAUUCUUAUGAUGGAAGCGGAGGCUACUACCGAUGUCGCUACUCCAGCUUAUACGAUGAUGGCAAUCCCUAUGUUGUCGGCCCGGGCGGGUGCUCCUCAGGGUAUGACCCCAGUCACGACAAGCUGAAUUGUUCAAGAACAUGUGGCAAUACAAGUAUUCCAUUCCCCUUUGGGCUAGAACCAGAGUGUUCAGCUAAUGUGAAUUUUCUACUGAAUUGCACAUCAAAUCAACCCCAGAUCGGAAUACAUCGGCAGUAUCAGGUGGUAAAUAUUUCUUUGGAUGAAGGACUCCUAUCUGUGAACAAAACCUAUUACCCUAAUAAAGACAUGUCACUUAUUAAUGAUUAUUUAAUGGAUGAUACUGAGGAAUAUGGUAUUUGGAAAUGGGCUAUCAGCAACACAACUUGUGACAAGGCAAAGAACCAGAACCACACAAGCUAUGCAUGCAUCAGUGCAAACAGUGAGUGCACGAAUGUCACCGACGGAGAUGCCUACAUUGGUUAUCGUUGCAAGUGUUCACCUGGCUAUGAAGGAAACCCUUACACCAGCAGGAAUGGUAGUUGCCAUGAUAUCAACGAGUGUUUGAAGUUACCCUACUUAUGUAAUGAAACAUGCCAUAACCUGGAAGGAAGCUACAAUUGCACCAGCUGCCCUCAAGGCACAUCUUUCGAUCCUGUAGAAAGGCAAUGCACUCCCAGUAAACAUCACAACCUUGUUUUUGCUGUUGCUAUUGGGCUUGGCUCUGGCUUUGGAGUCUUGGCUCUCACGUUAAGUACAACCAUAUUAAUCCAACAAUGGAGGAGACACAUCCGAAGGACAAUUCGAAGGGCACACUUCCGCAGAAACAAAGGCCUACUCCUGGAGCAGCUAAUCUCGUCUGAGGAAACUGCUACCCAGAGCACAAAAAUAUUUUCCUUAGAAGAACUGGAGACGGCAACAAAUAGCUUUGACUCGACACGAAUUGUUGGUUGUGGUGGUCAUGGUACAGUUUACAAGGGCAUUUUAUCAGAUCAACGUGUGGUAUCCAUCAAAAAGUCCAAAAUCGUGGAGCAGAGUGAGAUCGAUCAAUUUAUAAAUGAGGUUGCCAUCUUGUCUCAAAUUAUUCAUCGCAAUGUGGUGAAACUUUUUGGUUGCUGCCUUGAAUCUGAUGUGCCUUUGCUUGUGUACGAAUUCAUCUCGAAUGGCACACUUUAUGAUCUUCUUCAUGGUGAUUUGAGUACCAGAUGUUUGUUAACAUGGGAAGACCGUACAAGGAUUGCUCUUGAGGCUGCAACUGCUCUUUCUUAUCUCCAUUCGGCAGCUUCAAUCCCAAUCUUCCAUAGAGAUGUGAAAUCAGCCAACAUACUGUUAAAUGAUAGUUUCACUGCAAAGGUUUCAGAUUUUGGUGCUUCAAGAUCCAUUUCUAUUGAUGAGACUCAUGUUGUCACCAUUGUGCAGGGGACAUUUGGGUACUUAGAUCCUGAGUAUUACCAUACAGGACAGUUAAAUGAGAAAAGCGAUGUUUAUAGCUUUGGUGUGAUUCUAGUUGAGCUACUAACAAGGAGGAAAUCAAUUUUUCUCAAUUGCUUGGGUGAAAAACAAAAUUUAUCUCAUUGCUUCCUUCAAAGACUACGAGAUAAAACUACCGCAGAAAUAUUGGAUCCUCAGGUUAUUGAGGAAGCAAGCCAGGGGGAAAUUGAUGAGAUGGCUUCACUUGCAGAGGUAUGUUUAAAGCUUCAACGAGAAGAGAGGCCUACAAUGAGAGAGGUGGAGUUAAGACUGCAGCUCCUACGGGGUAAGAUAACUAAGGGCAAUCGAGGAAAUUUGCAAGUGGACAAUGAAAUUGAGCCAUUUUUAUUGUCCAAGUCCAACUCAAGUUCUCGCGCUCAGUAUAAUCAGCUCGGAGCAAAUUCUGACUCCAUAAAUAAUCAUGAAGCCACUCGAUGCUACACCAUGGAGCAAGAACUUGUUUCUUGGAGUGAUUUACCUCGCUAAAUGUGGAAUGUACUUCUUGUAUAAUUCCGUCAGUGUAAAAACUUUCUUUGGAUUGUACUUUUAGAUUUGUGGUUGUGGAACUGAUCUAGAGGAUGAUGUAGGAACUCUUUUUGAAGUUGAACAAUUCAAUAUUUUCUUGUUAAUUUGAAUAUUUGAUGCUAAGUUA